UCGCCCAUCAGCCAAUCAGCGUAAGAUCCGAUAAACGUUCCUGGCGUUAUGUCUGCAUCCUCGCUCCGUCUGUUGUAAAAAUGAGAUGAUGUAUUUGAGUAUAAUACACAGGUAAGCAGCAAAGCUUUUAACGCGCGGUUCGUUUUGUCGGUGAAAUAUCGUUUGCUGGCGGAAAUGGCGCACGGAGAGAGACAGUCGGUGCAGAAUCCGAAGGAAUGAGCGAAUCAGAACGCGCAGCGACUUCAUUACAGGCCGUUUGCUACAUAUAACAACACGAUGAUCCUGACAGCAUAUAUGGACACCUGUGUCCUUCAUCAGGCUCAAGCGGUGUGGCCAUAGCAGCAGUUCUGGAGGAAGAGGAGCAGCGAGUGUUUCGGUGGCGCCACGCCCUGCUGCAGGGCAUGGAAUACCACAGUUCAGGGACGGUGCCUCUCCUGGGCAGUCCACGCUACUGUCCCGGCACCAACAGCGCUAGCGGCUACCUCUGCCAGACCGGCCACUGCUGCCAGGAGACGGGCUGCUGCACCUACUACUAUGAGCUGUGGUGGUUUUGGUUGCUGUGGAGCGUCCUCAUCCUGUUCAGCUGCUGCUGCGCGUAUCGUCACCGGCAGGCGAAGCAGCGUGUCCAGCAGCAGCAGAGACAGAGGGAGAUCAACCUCAUGGCUUAUCACGGAGCCUGCAGUUACCCGUCCUCCAUGUUUGACCUCAGUUUCCUCGCCUCACUCAAACUGCCGUCCUAUGAGGAAGUAGCAGCCCAACCUAGCACCCCGCCCCCUCCCUACAGCUCCGUUGCCUACCCACGAGGCUCCGCCCACCCCGGCCCGAGUCACAUGCUGUCAUCACAGAGCUCUGACAACUACACCAGCUGCUCCUGCGACUCCUGCUGUCCGUCAUCGCCCUGUAGCUCCUCCCCUUCUUCGGCCCAACUCACAGAUGAAACUGAUACUAGCCACGCCUCCACGCCCUCCCUCAGCGAGCCUGGCCACACCCACUCAGCGGUCAUGCACACCGAGUGUGUCCCAAUACUGCCAAUCAACGAAGGCGACGAAUCGCCAACACGAAGCACAGACGAGGUCGUGGAGGCGGAGCUUCCAAGCUCCGCCCCUCUGGAUUCCAAUGGGAACAACAAAUCAGUGAAAAACAUCACUAGUAGCACAGAUAACGUUACUGAAAUAGUAGAUGCAUCCCAAACUAUUAGUACUAACAAUAUCUGUGAUGCAAACAGCGCUAAUAACAUUAACAGUCCAAAUUCAACGAAUAUCACCAGCCUUUGUCAUCCGACUCCACCAUCCUCCUCAUCAUCUCUCCAGCUCUUCUCCAUGUCUGACCCACUUGGUGUUUGCCCAGAGCAGCAGAAUAACGAAGCUCAGAGGGAGGAGCCUGCACAGGCCCCGCCCCCUCAGUCUCCGCCCAGGACCGCUCUCUUUUCUCCCGGCAUUGAACCGGAGCGCCGCGAUUCUGCCGUGAGUGAUCUGGACGUGGACCAAACGCACUUCCAGCAGCGACGACUGACCGGCGACUCCGGCAUUGAGGUCUGCCGCUGCCGUGUAGAACCUGAAGAGGAGGAGGAUGAUGAUGAAGAAGAAGCAGGAGGAGGAGCACACUUACCAGCAGAGUCGGCCAAUGGAACGGGAGACGCUCUUCAUGAUAGUCCUGACUGUUCUGCCAGAGCCAGACCGGAUGGGAGCGGGAAAGAUGCGUGGCCUGUUUCAUAUGUGGCUCCACCCACUGAUGCAGUCGUCAUCGCAAUGGAAACUGACUGAGAGUGAUGUUAAUAGCACGCAGAUCUGAGAGAAACCCUGUACAGACUGAUUUAAGAAGACACACAUGAAUCUGCGACCUCAUCUUUGGUUCUAAGGGUCAAACAAUACCAAAAGUUUGGAAUUAUUAAAAUUUUUCUCUGUUUUUGAAAAAAGUCUCUUCUCCUCACCAAGGCUGCAUUUAUUUGAUCAAAAAUACAGUAAAAAUUUAAAUAUUACAAUUUAA